UACAAACGAUUCGUAAUAAUUUAAGGUAGGACGUAUGAUAGAAGACAGUUGACCACAAUCAUUAGUAGUUGACCAGCCGGCAACGUUUAUGUUAAUAUGGUUUUGUUACCGAAGGAAUCCGCAAAGUUAGUCACAAAAUUGGCGAAGGAUGUAUUUAUUGAAAAUAAAGGUAUAAAAGAACUGGCGUUGGCGGUCCUUGAUGCCAUCAAAACGCGCAAGAUACACACCGGCAAUUUUGCUCAAGUGAAAUUUCAUCCCAAACCUGAUGAUCCCAGAGCGGCCGACUGGAUAUUUGUGCUAGAUACAUUAAAUUUUUCGUUCUGGACUGACACAGGAGCUAACAAAUGGAAAGUUAACGGCGAGACCGGAUAUUUUGCGUUUUGCGCCGCUGUUCAACGGGCAAUCGACGAAGAGAAACCGAUGUGGGAUCCUAAAUAUUACUCACAGAUAACGCAGAAAGAAGCUGAGAUCAUUUUUCGAGGUGACGACGAAACCACCAUUCCGCUUAUAGAGGAUAGAGUUAAGAAUCUGCAACAGGCGGGAAAAAUUUUGUUGGAUAAGUAUCAAGGUACGUUCGCAGAAUGUAUCAAAUCAUGUGACGGCUCCGCAAAAAAAUUGCUUAAACUUAUCGUCGACGAAUUCGAAUCGUACCGAGAUGAGGCCGACUAUGAAGGGCACAGAAUCAGCAUCUACAAGCGAGUUCAGAUAUUGAUAGGCGACAUAUGGGCUUGUUUCAAAGGGCAAGAACUCGGUGAAUUUCAUGAUAUCGAGAGUCUCACAAUGUUCGCCGAUUAUCGGAUCCCUCAAGUACUUGUAUAUUUUAGCGCAAUGCGCUACAGCAACUCGCUCAUGAGCAAGCUCAAGUCUGACGAGCCGUUGAAGCAAGGCAGCAGAGAGGAAGUCGAGAUACGUGCUUGCUCGAUCGAAGCUGUUGAGCAGAUAUGCGACGAAGUGCAACGACUGAUCAAAGCGGAUCCCAAGCUGGGUUUAAGUCCGACAGUCGUCAACGCAAUCGUAAUCGAUCAUUUCUUAUGGGAUUACCGGCGAGAAUAUGCUCAGGAAUUGGAAUGCAUACCAUUCCACAAAACUAGAACUAUAUACUAUUAAAACUGCCAGGAUG